AUGGCGCCCAGCCUCGACGGAUACUUCAAGCAGGUCGACGACCUCAGCGACGCCUUCAUUGAGCGUCUGCGCAAGGCCGUCGCCAUCCCCUCCAUCUCGGCCGAGGAUGCCCGCCGCCCGGACGUCGUCCGCAUGGGCCACUGGCUCGCCGACGAGCUCCAGGGUCUCGGCGCCGAGGUCGAGCUGCGCCCGCUCGGCAAGCAGCCGCACAAGGAGCACCUCGAGCUGCCGCCCGUCGUCGUCGCCCGCUACGGCCGCGACAAGGCCAAGCGCACCAUCCUCGUCUACGGCCACUACGACGUCCAGCCCGCCGACAAGAGCGACGGCUGGGCCACCGAGCCCUUUGACCUGACCGUCGACGACAAGGGCCGCAUGUUUGGCCGCGGCUCGACCGACGACAAGGGCCCCGUCCUCGGCUGGCUCAACGCCAUCGAGGCCCACCAAAAGGCCGGCGUCGACUUCCCCGUCAACCUGCUCAUGUGCUUCGAGGGCAUGGAGGAGUACGGCUCCGAGGGCCUCGACGACUUCAUCCGCGCCGAGGCCGGCAAGUACUUUGCCGACACCGACGCCAUCUGCAUCUCCGACAACUACUGGCUCGGCACCGAGAAGCCCUGCCUGACCUACGGCCUCCGCGGCUGCAACUACUACUCCGUCGAGGUCUCCGGCCCUGGCGCCGAUCUCCACAGCGGCGUCUUUGGCGGCCAGGCCCACGAGCCCAUGACCGACGUCUCCCACAUCUUCAGCAAGCUCGUCGACAGCAAGGGCAACAUCCUCGUCCCCGGCAUCUCGGAGCAGGUCGCCCCCGUCACCGCUGACGAGGAGUCCCUCUACAACUCCAUUGCCUUUACCAUGGCCAACCUGCACGAGUCCCUCGGCAGCAAGACCACCAUCCACGAGACCGAGAAGCCCACCCUCAUGGCCCGCUGGCGCUACCCGUCCCUGUCCCUCCACGGCAUCGAGGGCGCCUUUGCCUCCCCCGGCGCCAAGACCGUCAUCCCCGCCAAGGUCAUUGGCAAGUUCUCCAUCCGCACCGUCCCCGACAUGGACAUUGACAAGACCAACGCUGCCGUCAUCAAGUAUGUCCAGGACGAGUUUGCCAAGCUCAACAGCAAGAACACCCUCAAGGUCGAGUGCAUGCACGCCGGCAAGUGGUGGGUCGCCUCGCCCAAGCACUGGAACUUUUCCGCCGCCGCCAAGGCCGUCGAGCGCGUCUGGGGCGUCGAGCCCGACUUCACCCGCGAGGGUGGCAGCAUCCCCGUCACUCUCACCUUUGAAGAGGCUACCGGCAAGAAUGUCCUCCUCCUGCCCAUGGGCAGCUCCACGGAUGGCGCUCACUCCAUCAACGAGAAGCUCGACAAGCGCAACUACAUUGAGGGCAUCAAGCUGCUCGGCGCUUACCUGCACUACGUUGCCGAGGAGCCCCAGAAGUAA